UGACGCAUUUCCUGUUUGCGGCCCUCAAAGAAGAGCUGCGGUCGUUGCCAUCAGUGCUGCUGCUGCUGCUGCUCAGAGAGCGGGAAGCGAAGCGACUGAGGGAACGAAGAGCGCCGAGCGCUGCAGUCGCUGGCCUUGAGAGGAAAAGGAGCUCGCAGGACUGUGUUAUCAAAACAGUAAACAUGGUGGAUUAUUAUCAAGUUCUAGGAGUGCCAAGGCUUGCUUCACAAGAUGACAUUAAAAAAGCGUACCGUAAACUAGCAUUAAAGUGGCACCCUGACAAAAAUCCAGAUAACAAAGAAGAAGCUGAGAGGCAAUUUAAGCAACUAGCUGAGGCUUAUGAGGUUUUGUCAGAUGCUAAAAAACGUGACAUCUAUGACAAAUAUGGAAAAGAAGGCCUAAGUGGAGGAGGUGGAAUUAAUUUUGACAGUCCAUUUGAAUAUGGUUUUACAUUCCGGAACCCAGAGGAUGUCUUCAGAGAGUUCUUUGGUGGAAGAGACCCAUUUUCAUUUGAUUUCUUUGAAGAUCCUUUUGAUGAUUUCUUUGGCAAUAGACGAGGGCCACGUGGAAACAGAAACAGAGGUGGUGGAUCCUUUUUCUCAGCUUUUGGUGGAUUUCCUGCCUUUGGCAGUGCUUUUUCUUCAUUUGAUACAGGUUUUACUUCGUUUGGGUCUUUGGGACAUGGGGGCCUUACUUCAUUUUCCUCCACAUCAUUUGGUGGCAGUGGGAUGGGUAACUUCAAAUCAGUAUCAACUUCAACUAAAAUAGUUAAUGGCAGAAAAAUUACUACGAAGAGAAUUGUUGAGAACGGACAAGAGAGAGUAGAAGUUGAAGAAGAUGGCCAGUUAAAGUCUUUAACAAUAAAUGGUGUAGCUGACGAUGAAGCUUUUGCAGACGAAUGCAGACGCAGAGGACAAAACGCCUUGCCUUUCCAGCCAGCUAAUGUCCGUUCUCCAAAGUCCCUGAAGCCUACAGCCUACCCCAAGCAUGUCUUUCACUGUAAUAGUGAUGAGGAUGAUGACUUGGUUAUGACCGGCUGGGAGAGUCCCCUUUAUUCAUCAGGACACAAAGAAGUCAGCAAGAGGAAGAAACAGAAGCUGAGGGAGGAGCAGAAGAAGAAGAAGUCGGCCAAGGCACCAUAUUAAAACGGACUGCGAAGCCCUAAACACUGACCUGUUGUUGUUGUAACAUUUGACCCCACCCAGAUUCCUGGUGCAUAUCUUUCUUAUGGCUAUUCUCACUUAGUGAGGGAGGUGGCAACUCCUGAUUCAAGUACACCUAACUUGCACUAUUCUGCUUGAGCACCACGGAUUGGCUUGAGUUUUGUAAGACAUCCCAGUCAGAAACCCGUUCCGUAGAAGUCAUUUCCAUUUCCUUCAGUGGGUGUGACUUGCAAACUGUGUGUUUAGGAUCAGGAUGUUGAGUAAUACGCAGAUUCUAGCUAGAAAUAUGCUAUUCUUCAAGUUCAGAAAAUGUAAUAUUGUGGAACUUUUUGACCUCUUCCUUUCCUGGGGCAAAAGCUACUUGCAGUUUAGGGUUUUUCUUUCCUUCUAGGGCUAUGAAGUUGUAAACAAUGUCUUUAUUUUUUAAAAUCACAAUUUUGAUCAUGGACUAUUCUGACUUUCAAAAAACCAUCUAAAUUGAUUCAUAGUAUUUUUCUUAUUUAAAUUUCCCCCAGAGAAGAGCUGGAUUUAAGGUUUAACUUUAUCAUGAGCCUAAUACCUGAGUGAUCUUAGUUGUUUUUCUGCAUUAUUUUCCCCAGUGGAAAAAAUAAAUUAUGUUUCCUGCUUACCCACGCCAUUAUUUUUGUGCUCUGCCUCUUGAAUGCCAUCUGAGAGAACAGCUUUCCAGUGUGCUGCUUUCUGAAAUCGACCCUUGUGAGUUGACUGUGGUCUCUUGAUCUCUGUCAAACCAAGUAACAACAGAUGUACACUAGUUUGCUGGAUGUCAGCCAUCAUGAAGACGUUUUUGUGCUACAUACUAGGUAAAAUUAGGAUCAUAGCCUGCCAAUUCUGUAGGUCAGUAUGUGGCACUACAUUGGCCAGGGGAAGACUAAGAGCUAGAAUAGUUCCUUAGUUCAUUAGGUGUGUACAGUCUGUGGUGAUUCAUGCUUAGGCUAAAGUGGUGGAUGAGGACCCACACAUAUUUGCCUGGGAAAUAAAGGAUUUGAUUAUAGCAAGACAGCUUCCUUCCCUCUCCAUAUAAUUGUUUAAUUUGCAUGGUGCAUAACUUUUGUUAACCUCAAAACUAAAUACUAAGUUGGAGCCUUAGGUUCCUUUCUUCCAAGCAUGGUUACUGCAAGUAAGUUGCCUUCUUGCUGCUUAAAAUUGUCAGCUGCUUUGGUCUCCUGUGAAUGUUUUUCUUCCCAAUAAAUUAUGUGAUUCUUGUUCUCCUUGGCACUGUUAGAAAGCCUAAUUUCCUGGAGAGAAAUCUUUAAUUAGUGUCUAAUAAUGUAGCUUAGGUCAGGAAGACGAUGCAAAAGGAUUUGGGAUACUUCUCUGGAUUCAUCUUUAAUGCGUGUAUUAUGAAAAUAUAAUCUUAUGCAACUCCUUAGGGUAUUUAAAAUGCAAUAUGUCUAAAGUAAGGUGCAGAACCUUUUUUGUUAUGUAGAUAUCACGGAAAUGUGUCAUGCAGUGUUACUAAUAUUUAAAGAAAUAAAGUCAGUUCCCUUA